GUGAGGUUCCUCACUCACUCAUGCUUUACACUUUGGAGUUGGACAACAUUAGCAAGACUUGGUAGGACUCCAGCAGAAGACUAUCUUCCAAUUAACAGAAGACAUCAACCCAAUAGGAAAACGGGGGAACACAAAAAGAGACAAAACUACCUACUCAUCAUGUGGCUACUCCUGCUGGCUGUAUUUGGUCUGAUCUUAUUGUACAGAUGGUACCGCCAAAGUCUUAUCCUGGAAAAUCUCACAGAUAAAUAUGUCUUCAUUACUGGAUGCGAUACUGGAUUUGGAAACCUGCUGGCAAAGCAGUUAGACAACCGCGGAAUGAAAGUCCUGGCUGCUUGUCUGACCGAACAUGGAGCAGAGAACCUAAAGAAAGAGACCUCUAGUAGACUGCAAACAGUAAUACUAGAUGUUACUAACAGCGAAAGUGUAAGCGCGGCUGCUGAAAUUGUGUCCACUACAGUUGGAAAUGCAGGUCUCUGGGGUUUGGUUAAUAAUGCAGGGGCUUUUUGCCCUGCUCCCAAUGAAUGGCAAAAAAAGGAGGAUUUCGUAAGGGUCGUGAAUGUAAAUUUAAUUGGUACAGUGGACGUGACGCUACAUCUACUGCCGCUUAUAAGAAAAGCUCAAGGACGUAUUGUUAACAUAUCUAGUUGUUUAGGAAGAUUGUCAUUUAUCGGUGGUGGAUAUUGCAUGUCAAAGCAUGGUGUGGAGGCUUUCUCCGACUGUUUAAGGAGGGAAUUGUGUGAGUUUGGAGUAAAAGUCUCCAUCAUAGAACCAGGCGCUUUCGGAACAAUGAUGACACUUUCAAUAGAUCAUCAUGUAAAUAACUUAAAGCGUUUGUGGGAAAAUCUACCCCAAGGAAUUCAAGACAGCUAUGGCGAGCAAUACUACGAACAAUAUGAGAAUGCUCUGAGGGGUUUAGUAGGAACAGCCAGUCCCAAGAUUUACAAGGUUACCAACAGUAUGGAGCAUGCUUUGACUGCUGUGUACCCAUGGACAAGAUAUUCUCCUGGCUUGGACAGCAAGCUUUUCUACCUCCCGAUGUCAUACCUCCCUACUGUAUUAUCUGACUAUGUGCUAUGUCACUCGGCACCUAAACCAGUCGCUAAGAAAUGGGGAGAGAGACCGGCACAGCCAAAUGUGACUCAACAAAAUGGGCUGUAAUUCAAUCAUACGUUUAUCACUGAGAUAUAACUAUGUAAUAUUUGGAAACUCUUCUAAUAAAGUGUAAU